AUGUUCCACGUACAAAUGGAAAUUCACAGUUUCAAUUCGGAUUUGGAUCUCAAGAAAUGUGCAAUGGGCGGUCCGAAAAUGCCAGAAAAAUCUGAAAAUUCGAAUGGAUUUCAAAAAUUGAUGGACCGCGCGUUGGAGGAGAAGCGGAAGGGAUUCAGAAGAGCAUUCACUUGCUACAUGUUCAUCUACAGUAAUCCUUCCGAAAAAAUGUUCCACGUACAAAUGGAAAUUCACAGUUUCAAUUCGGAUUUGGAUCUCAAGAAAUGUGCAAUGGGCGGUCCGAAAAUGCCAGAAAAAUCUGAAAAUUCGAAUGGAUCUCAAAAAUUGAUGGACCACGCGUUGGAGGAGAAGCGGAAGGGAUUCAGAAGAGCAUUCACUUGCUACAUGUGA